GAAGCAAGUCUUUUUAAUUCUUCUCUGAUUGGGAAAUGUGGUUGCCAUCAAAUUGGACAUUGCUAUAUGGCAUUUCAAUCAUAUUGAUCAUUCAGAUUGAAACCAUCCAAACGACAAGCAAUUCAACAAAAAGAGAUGAAAUCUGUGAAAGUUUACGCGAUAAUAGUGCAAACAAAUUGAAUAUAUUGACAGUGGGCAAAACAGCCAAACGACUAAUAUUGAUAACAAACGAUUUAUAUGUUUAUGAUAUUCCAAUCGAUUCUUUGCACUCGGCUAUUGAUAAAUUGUAUCUUCAUACUAAGCCAAUACCAAUGAAGCAGAAAUAUCCAGCUCUUUAUCAUGAUGAAAAGUUUAAGGAUAUUAAGAAUGAAAUCUUCACAGCAUUCAUCAUGACUGAUCCGGACAGUGAUUGGAUUUGUCUAGUUACCUCAAUGAGCGCCCAUCAAAAUGGUGUCAACUACGAUAUCGAUAAUUCGCAAGUAAUGCAAGGAGGACACUAUACUGGACAUGAUGAUAUUGUACUAAUUUCAACAAGCGAAUCAUGUCAAUAUUAUUCAUUGAGGUCAGACAAUAGUCUUUUAAUCAAUCGUUGGCAAUGUAUUGAGAGUAGACGUUUACGUCAUACAGUACAUAUUAGUCCCAAAUCUGAUGAUUCAGCCAUAUGUCAUGAUCAAACCAAAACUAAGAUCACCGUAGAGAGGAUAGGGCGGCACGGAAUCAAAUGUCGUUCGGGCAUUCCGGUCCAAUGGCCAAUAUUGAAAGGAUUUGUGACUGAUAACAAAUUCUAUUUAUUUGGUCAUUCAUACAUCUACAUUUUCGAUGAAGCAGUUUACAAUAAUCAAGGUGAAGAAUAUCCAGUGCAAAAAAUUAGUUUCGAUUCUUUCUUCAAUUGUGCGGGUAUUAUUCCACCCAGUAAUGUUAUAAGCAAAUCAUAUUUUUACUGGAUAAUGGGGGCAAUAAUAUUGUUACUGGUGAUAUUAUUGGCAAUAUUGUGGUGUAUAUUUGUGGCUCGUGGUCAUCGAAGAAUGCUGUCAUUUUUAAAUGGAAAAACUGGUCGUUCCGGUUUCGAAGAGGGACGAAGUAAAUUUAAUUUAACAAAAAUAUCGACAAAUAUUGCCACUACAAGAAGUCGUAAAAGUACGGCACAGCAAAUCAUCCAACCUGUUAUGGUUAGCAGUCGUGGAAAUCAUCGAUCAUUAACCGGUGGAUCAGCGCACGUAACGGCACAUACUGGCAUUGAUCAUGAUAACAAUGGUUACGCCAACACCACUAAUCCGAAUCUAUUGAAACGUUCAGCAACACGAAUUCCGAGCAACGGUCGUCGUGAUGGUGAAUCGAAAAUAAAUCUAACCACUUUAAUAAAACAUAUUUCAUAAUUUU